AUGGCUCGAAAAGGAAACCAACAGAAGAAUGGGUUGGAUGGAAGCACAUCAAACCACAAAAAAGGAGGUCUCCAAUCAGGAACUGCAAUGCCAAAUAAAAAGGGAAAGGGAAAUGCAAGCAACUUGAAAGAUGCGAAAAGGGAAGAACUUUCAAACGAUACCCCACCAAACAUAUCUGUGACAGAUUCCCUCCACAAGAAAAAAACAAACAAAUCUGGUAGGCAUAAUAAAGUAGAGACUCAAGGUACAGCUGGAACAUCUUCUGUAGAACAAUUAGAGCCUCGUGAUGUUACUGAAGAUUGCAGUGCUGACAUGGCAACAACUGGAAGUUCUUGUUUGGAAGAAGAAAAAUGGUCAUCAGCUAAUGGUAUAAAUGGAUCAAAGAAUCGAAAAAGUAAUUCUGCUCACUCUUUAAAUGGAUUAGACGAAGAUGGUUUACGUGAAAGUGUAGAGCUUCCGGAAACAUUGGGUGUUAAAUACUUGAAGACAUUUGUGUUGUCUGUGUCACAGGCAUCAACAGAAUGGUUUGAAAGACACAAGCCAUUGUUUGAUAUUUUAGUAACCAAAAUAUUAAUCUCUCGUGAGUAUGUUAGAAUGAAAAUCAAGUAUGCUUAUCCAAUUGUGUUGAAGUGGCUUACACAUUUCUUCAACAUAUUGCUUCUUCUUUCAAUGGUUUGGUUGGAUUGUGUCCUUAGAGGUAUAGACUCUGUUAUACGCAUGGGGACAACAUCAUUUUUCACGGUUAUUUGGUGCAGCAUCUUUUCAGUGGUUGCAAUGAUUGGAAUGCUUAAGUUUAUUACUGUUGGGGCCAUAGUUGCUUUAGUAGCACUUUUUGUAGGGUUCACAAUUGGUCUUCUGUUGCUUGCUGUUUCUGGGGUUGUUUUCUUGUGGUUGUAUGGAAGCUUUUGGACAACCUUAGCUGUCCUCCUUUUUGGAGGAAUAGCAUUCAUGUUUAGCCAUGAGCGUCUUGCACUGCUAAUAAUGACUGUGUAUUCUGUAUAUAGUGCAUGGACACUGGUUGGGUGGCUUGGUAUUAUUGUGGCUUUGAAUUUAUCAUUUUUCUCAAGUGAUGCUCUUAUAUUCUUCUUGAGAAAUAACAUGAAUGAACAAAGAAGAUCCAACAGUGUCCCUGAACAAAAUGGACCCGGUGUUUUCAAUGGUGAAGAAGCGCGUGCUUCAUUUACGGAUGGUGGGACCGGGACCCACACCCACCCCCCAGCUGACCGGAGCCCAGGGGUGGCUUCAACCAGUGGGUCUGAUGACUUAACAUCUGAAGAUGAAGUUGUUCGAUUGUUAAACUCGGUUGAUCACUAUUCAGCUUUUGGAUUGUCUAGAUUUCAAGAAAUAGAUGCGUUGUUUCUCAAGCGAGAAUACAGAAAAAAGGCAAUGUUGGUACAUCCUGAUAAAAAUAUGGGUAAUGAAAAAGCUGCAGAAGCUUUUAAGAAACUUCAAAAUGGAUACGAGGUUUUGCUAGAUACUUCCAAGCGAAAAGCAUAUGAUGAUGAAUUGAGAAGGGAAGAUCUUCUGAAUUAUUUCCGUAGAUUUCAAAAUGCUUCUCCCAAGAACAAACGAAAUGGAUUAUUUGGAUCUGCAUUUGGGCGCACCGAGGUUCAUGUGGAUGAUCCUUUGGGAGAGUCCAGGCGAAUUGCAUGCCAAAAGUGUAAUAGUUUUCAUAUGUGGUUUUACACCAAAAAGACCAAAUCUAGAGCCAGAUCCUGCCAGGACUGUAAAGACUUUCAUCCAGCCAAAGAUGGGGAUGGGUGGGUUGAACAAUCAUCGCAACCGCUCCUUUUUGGAAUGUUCCAGAAGGUAGAUUCCCCUCGUGCUUAUGUUUGUGCAGACAGCAAGAUAUAUGAUGCCACUGAAUGGUAUAUCUGUCAGGGAAUGAGAUGUCCGGCAAACACCCACAAACCAAGCUUCCAUGUGAACACAAGUGUAAUGUCAAAGCACAGCAACAACACCAAAGGAGGAGCAAGCUCAAGUCGUAAUGGGAAUGGAAUGCCAAAUAUGGAGGAAAGCAUGACGGAAGAGGAAUUCAUGGAGUGGUUACAAAACGCAGUUCAAUCCGGGAUGUUUGACACUUUUGCAGCCAAUGCUUCAGAUACCACCCCUACCCCUACCCCUAAAACCAAUGCUCCUCCUGGUAACAACAGCAAUAGCAGUAAAAGAAAGAAGAAAGGUAAGAAAUGGUAAUAAUAACAAUAAUAAUAAAUAAUAAAUCAUGUAUAUGGAUUAUGUAACUCCUCUCCUUUAUUAAUGAAAUGGGAAAAGAUCUUCCGAGUCUGAGUCAUAG